AUGUUGAAAACUUCUAAGAUAUUGACCUUAACAUUUCAAGUUUAGGGAUUAAAAUUAACGACUUUGAUGAAUGAAAAUAUAUAGAAUUAGAUUUUGGAUGUAAAAUUGAUGAUGUACAUCCAUCAGCAAAAUGGAAUACAAGAUAGAAAUAAUUGA